AUGUCCACUGAUGUUAUAAAUCUUUUGAUAGAGGAGCAGAAGCAGUGGCUGAGGUAUCCGAUCCCGGGAUGUUUUGCCGGCCCGUCGCAGAACGAGGACGGCACCAAAAACUGGAUGGUGUGGAACUGCGUGGUAUCAGGGAUGAAAUCUACGCCGUGGGAGCACGGGCGCUUUCCCGUUCGAUUGUAUUACAACAAUCUGUAUCCCGGCUCGCUGCCGCUUGUGCGCUUCGAGUCGAACAUAUUCCACCCGAACAUUGGUCCCACGCGUUACCUGAAGAUUCCGAGCCAAGUGCUCGAACCCACAUUCCUGGCCCCGAAGAUGGAUGUCAGGAUGAUACUACUAGCUAUCCAGCAUAUUCUGGUAUAUCCGGACCAGAGUCUGAGUGCGCGGGUGAACAAGAAGGCACUUUAUUUGUACCAGACCAACCGCCCGCACUACAACUACCGCGUCGCAUAUGUGGCAAACAAACACGCUGUCACAUCGCGAGACGCAGGCACACACAUAAUAAAAGCAGAAAGGAACGCGGGAACAUAG